CUAGAUUACCCUACAAAGCUUGAAAUACAAGUCAAGAUCUUCGUUCUUGAUGGUUGCAGAUCACUGAAGCUCUCUGUAAGGUUUAGUUUAAGCAGUCAUGGCAUCAAAGUUAGUUCAGUUGCAAACAAAGGCUUGUAAAGCUUCACAGUUGGUGGCCAAGCAUGCAAACUCCUACUACAAGGAGCUGUUGGAGGAGAAUAAGCAGUACAUCCAGGACCCACCCACCAUUCAAAAAUGUGACCUAUUGGCAAAGCAGUUAUUUGCUACUCGUCUGGCCAGUAUUCCAGGCCGAUAUGAAGCAUUCUGGAAGGAACUUGGUUAUAUCAAGAACCUAUGGAAGAAUAGACAGGAGUUGAAGGUAGAGGAUGCUGGUAUUGCUGCUCUGUUCGGACUUGAGUGCUAUGCCUGGUUCUGCGGUGGUGAGAUUGUGGGAAGAGGAUUUACAUUCACGGGAUACUAUGUCUGAGUGCCACUGCCUUAGGAGCAGGGUCUAUGAGUUCCUGACAGUACUAAAGUCUUGAUCUAUGGGGUGAUUUGUGUCGCCAUCCAGGUUUUACACACAAUUUUGUUUCUAGUGACAAAUUUGAAGCUGAUGAGUCAGCAAAAUGUUUCCAGUUCAAUAAUAGCCUUUCCUGUUAAAGAUUCAUUUUCCUCAUUGAAGGGACUGACUUAUUUGAUAAA